AUGAACCAUGCAGCCCGCUAUGCAUUGAAGGCAAUAAGAGCAUCCAUCACCACAAACAUGCUGAUGGAUCCAUCCGCCCGCAAUAAUGCCCUCUAUGCCAUUAAUUGUUGUUGGGAGGAUGAGGCAUUUGGGUACAUUUUACGUGACCCAAUAGAUCUGAGGUUAUUGACGCUCCCGGCACAACAUGGUGCACUAAGGAUCAUGCAAACAUGCCUCCCUCGUUUUCCUGGACAUGUCAAUGAUGUCAGAUGUAUUGUGGGCUUUGUUUCAUUGUUAUCAUCACCCCACACAGAAGUGGUGUGUGGAUGCGCUGAUGCAUUGUUUCCAUUGUCCUCUAUUGUGCCAGGAUUUGCUUAUGCCAUGGCAAAAGCCUAUUGUAAUUUGAUUGCACAUACACCAUCUCUACAAACUGAAAACAUGUUAAUAGUUUUCGAUCGGCUACAACAACUCAAGUCUGCCAUCAUGGAAGGUUCUGGUAUGGAUGACAUGGCCACAUAUGUGCUCCGUGCACUAGCAGUUAGUGAUCUUGUUGUGCAGCAAAAGGUUUUAAACCUAGCAAUGGGCCUCCUCACCCCGUGGAACGUCAAAAGCAUGGUCCACUUCCUGCAUAAUGAGAAGAAUGCAGCGACUGCGACUACUGAGUAUUGUGUUAUGCUGGAGCACGCGAUCCAAGCAUGCAAUAAAAAAAUGAUUCUUGAAGGUGAUAUGCAUUAG